AUGAUUUGUUGCAAACCAACUGAAUCACCCAUUGAGUGCCAUCACAAGCUACAAACAGGGGUUGGAGAGUCAGUUGACAAGGAGAGGUAUCAGAAGCUGGUUGGAAAGCUUAUUUAUCUCUCUCACACUAGACUAGACAUAGCUUAUUUAGUGAGCUUGUAUUUGAAGUCUGCUCCUGGAAAAGGCAUGUUUUUCUCCAAAUAUGGUGACAUCCGGAUAGAAGCCCAUACAGAUGUGGAUUGGGCUAGGUCUCUAGAUGAUAGAAGAUCUACAUCUGAUAACUGUACACUCAUAGGAGGGAACUUAGUCAUUUGGAGCAGCAAGAAGAAAAGUGUAGUUGCUAGAUCAAGUGCAAAAGCAGAAUAA